AUGGCAGGUGAAGACGAGUAUCUGGAGAAAACCUAUGUGGUACCUGCGACGGAUAGUACGAAUCAGGUAGUGCCGCCUAUUGACCAAGAUCAUGGUCUUCGUCACGAGAGCAGCCAUGACAGCAGCAAUAGCGACAGUGACAGUCUCCCUGAGCCUACGUUCGAGUCAACUACAGCGUCAAAAGAAGUAGGAACACAGCAAAAUGCUGUGACAACCUUGGGCACGGAAGCGGUCGACCUCGAGCGCAGCGGGACUCGCGCCUCUUCCACAGUUGAAUAUUCAGUCUUUUCGCCUGGCAUGAAACGAUAUAUCGUCAUUGCCGCCUCAUGCGCUGGAUUCUUCUCGCCGAUAUCAUCUCAGAUAUAUUUCCCGGCUAUGAAUACGUUGGCGAAGGAUCUGAAUGUUUCAAUUUCAUUGAUCAAUUUGACUAUGACCAGCUAUAUGAUCUUCCAAGGAAUCGCACCCGUCUUCAUAGGUGAUUUCGCAGACAACGCCGGCCGACGACCGGCAUAUUUCAUCUGCUUCGUCAUCUACCUCGGCGCUAAUGUUGGUCUUGCUUUACAAAACAGUUAUGCCGCUCUCUUCGUCUUGCGAUGCAUGCAGAGCGCGGGGAGCAGUACGACAAUCGCUUUGUCUGCUGGCGUCAUUGCAGAUGUUGCCUCCGUAGCUGAGCGAGGGAGUUACAUGGGGUUUGUGACGGCUGGAUCCCUCCUUGGUCCUGCCCUAGGCCCCGUCAUCGGCGGUCUUUUAUCGCAGUAUCUUGGCUGGAGAGCCAUAUUCUGGUUUCUGUUUAUUAUUGCUGCCGUAUGGCUCSUGCAGUUUAUUGUAUUCUACCCCGAGACAGGCCGCAAGAUCGUGGGCAAUGGCUCAAUCCCACCGCCGAAAUGGAAUAUGUCCCUGAUCAGUUACCUGAAAUCCCGCAAAGAGGUUUCAGAAGAAGAUCGACUCGCUGCGGAGAGUACUCUGCCCGCUGCUCCACGCAAAUUAUCAUUCCCCAAUCCGCUGCCGACGCUCGCGAUAGUCUUGCAAAAGGAUACAGCUGUGUUAUUGAUCACGAACUCGAUCUUCUUUGCGGGAUUUUACGAUGUGGCUGUGGCCAUUACGUCGCUGUACUCGGAUAUCUAUGGCCUCAACGAUUUGGAGAUCGGGUUGUGCUACCUACCCUUCGGAGCGGGCUCUGCACUAGCUGCGUUCGCGAAUGGGAAGUUUCUAGAUGUGAACUAUCGCCGUAUUGCGACUGAACUGGGUCUUCCCGUGCAGCGGAAUAGGCACACAGAUCUAAAAAACUUCCCAAUCGAGAAGGCGCGAUUACAGAUUGCGUUUCCGUUGAUUCUUGGCGCUAUAGCGCUGAUCAUUGUGUUUGGAUGGGUGUUGGAUUACGGUGUUCAUCUCGCUGCCCCGACGAUCAUUACAUUUUUCAUGGGGUUUUGUCUGACGGGCUCGUUCAACACGGUUGGCACGUUGCUGAUUGAUUUAUAUCCGAAUAAAGCUGCCACGGCAACGGCGGGGAGUAAUAUCACACGUUGUCUGCUUGGGGCUGGUGCCACGGCUGUCAUUGAGCCGAUGUUGACUGCCAUGGGGACCGGGUGGUGUUACACGUUCAUUGCAUUGGUGAUGCUGGCUACGACGCCGCUGUUGUUUAUUUUGAUUAAUUACGGGCCGAAAUGGAGGGAGGAGAGGCGACUGCGUGAGAUGGCAGAUUAA